GCUCAUACCCAUAUCAACACACACAAUACAAAAUACAAACCAUAAAACUCACAUCUUCUUUACCAAAUGCAGUACUACGAAAACCGUGAGAAAGACUACUACGAGGGGGCUCAAGGACAACGCAAUGGUUAUGGUCAUAGCCAGAGCCACGAGGGAUAUGGCCAGAAACCAACUCGCCCAGUGUAUGGGCUUAGCCCGACUAUGAACCACCGUAGCCACGGUGGGUUUCUUGAUGGGCUCUUCAAGGGUCAAACUGGCCAAAAGAGUCAGAGUGGCCUCGGCACGUUUCUAGGUCAACACAAGACCCACGAGACGAACAAGGGUCAUGGACAUGGGAAGCUCUUAGGGCAGCACCAGAAGAAAACUCAUGAGACAAACAAAGGUCUUAAUGGUCUUGGAAUGUUCAUUAACAAUGGAGAGAAGAAACAUAGGAGGCAAAGUGAGCACAAGAAGAAGAACAACAAGGAUGGGCAUGGCAGUGGCGAUGAGAGUGGAAGCAGCAGCGGUAGCGACAGCGACUGAAUCUGAUAUGCUCGCUCUAAAGAAAGUGAUGCUUAUAAGAGAGACUAUACAAAGUACUUAGAUAAAAUAAAACCACUUAGGUGGUUGUGUCUCUGUGUGUCCUAUAUAAACCUCGCUACUAUGAAUCUAUUAUUAUACUUUU